CAGGUGUGCUGAGGACCCAGCCUGCGGAUCCCCGGGACGGCAUCUGUGGGACCUGCUGUUAGUGGAAAUAGCACGUGCUGACCGGAAUGUGAGUGCUGACCGGAACGCGAGUGCCGACCGGAACGAAUAAAAUGGAGGCAGAGUCGAGCAGAUUUGAAAUCCGCACGCCGGUUCUUGCCAAGAAAAAGAAAAAGAAAAAGCAUUGCACGUCCAAGGAGGGCCAUCAGAAGCAUUGCCGUGAAAGGCUCGGCGACUCGGCCCUGGCGAGCGGGCAGCCCGAGCUAACCAAGAGCAAGAAGCGGAGACAGGAUUCCGACCGUCUCCUUUCUCCUCCUCUGAAGAAAUCCAGAGUCUGGGAGGGGACUGAGGAGGCCGCCCCUAGAACCAAAAAACAUAAAAGGAAAAAAACCAGCGCUUUAGGGGCGGGCGAGGAAGCAAGUGCCGCACAGGGCCCUGUGGACAAAGAAAAUGUCGGGGACACACGGAGGAGUUUCAGGGAGGGUGUCGAUUCCGUCUGCGCUGGUGAGAACAAGGGGAGAAAGCAGGCAGCCCGGGAGCGGGACGUGGAUUCUGUCUGUGCUGGAGAGAACAAGGGGAGAAAGAAGGCAGCCCGGGAGCGGGACGAGGAUUCCGUCUGCGCUGGUGAGAACAAGGGGAGAAAGAAGGCAGCCCGGGAGCGGGACGAGGAUUCCGUCUGCGCUGGUGAGAACAAGAGGAAAAAGAAGGCAGCCCGGGAGCGGGAUGAGGAUUCCGUCUGCGCUGGAGAGAACAAGGGGAGAAAGCAGGCAGCCCGGGAGCGGGACGAGGAUUCCGUCUGCGCUGGUGAGGACAAGGGGAGAAAGAAGGCAGCCCGGGAGCGGGACGAGGAUUCCGUCUGCGCUGGAGAGAACAAGGGGAGAAAGCAGGCAGCCCGGGAGCGGGACGAGGAUUCCGUCUGCGCUGGUGAGAACAAGGGGAGAAAGAAGGCAGCCCGGGAGCGGGACGAGGAUUCCGUCUGCGCUGGUGAGAACAAGAGGAGAAAGAAGGCAGCCCGGGAGCGGGACGAGGAUUCCGUCUGCGCUGGUGAGAACAAGGAGAGAAAGAAGGCAGCCCGGGAGCGGGACGAGGAUUCCGUCUGCGCUGGUGAGAACAAGGAGAGAAAGAAGGCAGCCCGGGAGCGGGACGAGGAUUCCGUCUGCGCUGGUGAGAACAAGGAGAGAAAGAAGGCAGCCCGGGAGCGGGACGAGGAUUCCGUCUGUGCUGGUGAGAACAAGGGGAGAAAGAAGGCAGCCCGGGAGCGGGACGAGGAUUCCAUCUGCGCUGGUGAGAACAAGGGGAGAAAGAAGGCAGCCCGGGAGCGGGACGAGGAUUCCGUCUGCGCUGGAGAGAACAAGGGGAGAAAGAAGGCAGCCCGGGAGCGGGACGAGGAUUCUGUCUGCACUGGAGAGAACAAGGGGAGAAAGCAGGCAGCCCGGGAGCGGGACGAGGAUUCCGUCUGCGCUGGUGAGAACAAGGGGAGAAAGCAGGCAGCCCGGGAGCGGGACGAGGAUUCCGUCUGCGCUGGAGAGAACAAGGGGAGAAAGAAGGCAGUGUCCGAGCAGGAAGCAGAAGCUCUGUGUGCAGUUCCCCAGGCGCAUGCCCAUCAUCACAAAGUCAGGAGGAAAAAGCAUAAAGACCGUCCCAGGGAAGCUGCUUCCCCCGACACUGGCCAGGGGAGCCGGCACGCGAGCCUCACGCUGCCCCAUGCGGAGUCAGAGGGGCAGGGUGCCCUGUCUCCUGCGAGCGCGGAUGGUGAAGGUGCAGAGCUGCCAGGCUCUGUGAGCAAGCACAGGUCGAAGAAGAGAAAGAAGAAGAAGCGCAGGAACCUGCAGCUGGAGGCACCUGCCGAGCCUGCGCGUCCUGGGGAGGCGUCCCCUGUAAGGCCGAAGAAAGCAGCUGGCAAGGCCGGGACGGCAGAAAACGGUGAUGCCCUUACUGGGGUCCAGGCGCCCAGCAGGGGGAAGAAAAAGUCAAAGAAAAAGCAGCACAGCUCCGAGGGCGGUGCGGCAGCGGCCGGCGACGGGUUUCCACGGCCCACCGGGGACUCUGAGGAGGCGCCGGCUGAGUCCCCCCAGGGUGACGGUGCCACGGGCAGAGGACGUGUGAAACACAGGCCGCGAGAGGAGAAGACCCAGGCCCGCUCCGAAAGGAAACGUGUGGAAGCAGUGCACAGGUUCGAACCUGCAGAUGAAGAGGAAGCUACCUGGGAGCCGGCUGCUGAUCCUGGCGAGAGCUGCUCGCCUGGAGCCGGGAGGGACGCGCGGGACCCCGAGGUGGACCUGGACUACGCCGUGCAGCAGCUCCGAGAGUUCAUUCCCGACAUCCAGCGCAGGGCGCCCGCGACCGUUCAGCGCAUGUACCGGGAUGACCUGGAGCGCUUCCGGGAGUUUAAGGCCCGAGGUGUCGCUAUUAAAUUUGGCAAGUUUUCUGUGAAGGAGAACAAGCAGUUAGAGAAAAACGUGGAGGAAUUUCUGUCGCUGACGGGAAUUGAGAGUGCAGACAAGCUGCUACACGCAGACAGAUACCCAGAGGAGAAGGCCAGGAUCACCAGCUUAAAGAGAAGACACGCGUUCCGAGUGCACAUCGGUAAGGGUAUCGCCCGGCCCUGGAAGCUCGUGUACUACCGAGCAAAGAAGAUGUUCGAUGUCAACAAUUACAAAGGCAGGUACAGCAAAAGAGAUACCGAGAAGCUGAAGAAAUACCACACCCUCCACGGCAACAACUGGAAGAAGAUUGGUGAGAUGGUGUCCCGGAGCAGCCUGUCCGUGGCCCUGAAGUUCUCCCAGAUCAGCAGCCAAAUAAAUCAUGGUGCUUGGAGUAAGACGGAAACCCAGAAACUAAUCAAGGCUGUCAAAGAAGUGAUUCUAAAGAAAAUGUCUCUCCAGGAGUUACAAGAGGUGGAUUCUAAACUCCAGGAAAGUCCUGAAAGGCGCCUGUCAAUUGUUCGGGAAAAGCUCUACAAGGGCAUAUCUUGGGUAGAAGUGGAAGCGAAAGUGGAAACCAGAAAUUGGAUGCAGUGUAAAAGUAAGUGGACCGAGAUCCUAACCAAGAGGAUGAACCAGGGUCAGGACAUUUACCGCGGCGUGAACGCCCUGCAGGCCAAGAUCAAGCUCAUCGAAAGGUUGUAUGAAAUAAAUGUGGAAGAUUCUAAUGAAAUAGACUGGGAAGAUCUUGCUGCUGCCAUAGGCGACGUUCCUCCGUCUUUCGUACAAACGAAAUUUUAUAGGCUGAAGGCCACCUGUGUUCCGUUUUGGCAGAACAAGACUUUCCCAGAGAUCAUCGACUACCUUUACGAGACCAGCCUACCUCUGCUCAAAGGGAAGUUAGAGAAGAAGCUGGCGAGAAAGGGCCAAGAAGCGCAGACGCCCGCGGCCCCCAGGCAGGUGUUCCUGUUCCGAGACAUCUUCUACUACGACGACGACAGUGAGGGGGAAGACCCGGAGGAGCAGGGCUGAGCAGAGGCCGCCGGUCCAGUCCCUGUCCGCAGCCGCGGGUCUCCCGUACGUGCUGUGUCAGCACAGCGACGUUCAGUGUUGGCCUUUGUUAGGAUUAACCUGCACACCGGUCAGAGGAAGGGGUGUGACGUGAUAACUGCCACUGUGGUGCUUUGAAAAUUUACUAGCGUUUUUACUAAUACUUGUUGCAGUGUGAAAAGGAAGAAAAGCCUAUAUUUUUGUAUGAUUUUGUAUGAAAAUAAUUACAACUCAUAGUUUUAUAAAACAAAAAUUGCCUGAUUGCAGCGAAGGGUGGAGUCACGUCUUAGUGUUUCAUUCCGUGCCAGCUCAGCAAAGAUGGGAAAGUUAACCAUUUCAGUGCCGCGCGCCGUUCUGCCUCGUGUUUCCGGUGGUUUCCGUGUGGGUGGGUGUUGGAUGAGCGGUGGUGGCUGGUGUGGACCUGCUGUUCCCUCAGAGCGGUCUCGGUGCCCCGUACCUGUCACGGCACACACGUCUCACCCUCCUCGGCGUGACACCGUGUUCACGGGUGGGUGUUUGUCGCCUAGGACGUCCUGUCCCAGCACGUGACUGAGAAGGUGCUCGCCGGUGCAGCAAACAACAGCCAGCCAGCUGUGCCGCGUGGUGCCAUGGGCGUCUCUACAGAGACAGAAAGCAGUGGGUGCAGGCCAGGGGCGAGAGCAGGGGCGAGCAGGGAGCAGUCGCUCAGUCGACACGUUUCCUUGUGGGUGAGAACCAGACAGGAAGUGGUUGCCCAACCCUGAAUGUGCUACCUGCUCCACAGAUGUCCCCUUUAACGUGGAUACAGCUGUGUUAUGUUCACAUCACUGCAAUAGAAAACAAAGGAAAAAAAGAAAAAAUGUAAGAGAUAAGAAAGAAACCCCACCAAUGUAAUCCACCAUGUUAAUAAGAGGAAGAAUUAGGGGCAGGGCCAGAAAAUGAGCUAUAUUUGAUGAAUUUCAAAUCCAUUCAAUUGGAACAGAAAGUAACUCGUUAACCUAAUAAAAGAUUUCUGAAAAACCUGCAGCAAGUAUUAUUUUUGAAGGCUUACCUAUAUAUUUAUUUGAAAAGUAGAGGAGCAGAGAGAGAGCGCGCGUCCACCCACUGGUCCUUUCCCCAGAUGGCCACAGCAGGCAGGUCUGGGCCAGGCCAAAGCCGGGAGCCAGGAACUCCAGCCUGGUCUCCCGCAUGGGUGGGCGGGGGCCUAAGCCUUUGGGUCAUCACCUGCUUCCUUCCCAGGUUCGUUGGCAGGAAGUCGGGUCAGCAGCAGAGCAGCUGGGGCUCAGACCUGUGCUGUGACGCUGGGAGCCGCCAUCACUCCCCGUGCUGCUCCGCGAGGUCAAGGCGAGCGUUGGCCCAGCAGGUCCGUUGCCACGUGCUGUAUCUGGGUGCCUGGGUUUGAUCCCAGCUCCGGUUCCCGACUCCAGCUUGCUGCUCCUGCAGACCCUGGGAGGCAGCAGCGAGGCUCGAAUGGCUGAGUUCCUGCCGUCCACGUGGGAGACUGGGACUGGGCACCCCGCUCCCCACUUCGGCCCUCGCCUCAGCCUGGCCGUUGCAGGCGUCUGGGGGGUGAACCAGCAGGUGGGAGCUCUCGCUCCCUCUCUGCCUCGCAAGUAAAUAACCCCCAAUGUUUUGGUAUUUAAGUGACAUUCUAAAUUUGUUUUGUUUUAUUUGGAAGAAAGAAAGAUACAGACAUCAUCCAUCCACUGGCUCACCCCCCAAAUGCCUGCUGUACCCAGAGCUGGGCCAGGCUGAGCCAGGAACCUGGAGUUCAACCCCGAGCUCCUGCACAAUGGCAGAAACCCAAGGGCUUGAGCCACCAUCUGCUGCCUCCCCAGGAAGCUGGACUGGAAGUGGAGCAGCUGGGCCUCAAACUGCAGUAUGGGCCGUGGGCGUCCCCUAACCGCCUCCCCAGAGGCCCUAAGGGACACUCAGAAAAGCAUCAGGGAAUUUGUGACUUCAACAAAAAAUAUAAUUUCAUUGUAUAAAAUCUGCAAUACUGACUUGGCAAGCUUUCAUAAAUUAAUAAAU